AUGUCUCUUGGUAGCGAAAUAUGUAUUCUCAAAUUGAGAGAGGAAGUCUAUUUGCUCCACAAGUUUGUAGAGGAACUAAAUGAACGUGCAAAUAUGAAGAGAGCAUACUCUUGGAAGUUCCCUGGGAAAUCAGCUUUCGAAAUCAAGAUCCACUCUGUCCUAUCUAAGUGCAGCUAUUCAACAGCUAAUCGCUCAUCAAAUACCGUAAUGCAUGUGUUUUUACUCGAGAUGAUCAUUGACAGGUGCUUACUGAUAUUUCAGAUUUUGAGUUAUAUAUGUAAGAAUGAUUGUCGUUACGUGACAACCUAUCAUCAUUAUGUAAAUUCACUGACUUCCUGUGUUAGUGAACAUGUUUCGGUUGUCAGUGCUCUGUUAAUGCAUUCAGUGUUA